AAUAUCUCAAAGGGAGGACUAAAAAACAAGAUACAUGCAAUCAGAUAGAGGGAAUAGUCGGUGCUCUACUAUGGGUAUGGAAAACAUGCAUUGAGUUGACAAGAACCUAUUUCAAAGCCACUCAUCAGAAUCUUUAAGAAAAACCUUGUAAAAAAGAUCUCAGAAGAAAAACCUUGUAGCAAAAGAUCUGAGAAGAAAAAUGUUCUCUCUUUCUGAUGUUCCCUCAACAACUGCAAUUUUAUCAAUAUACGCUGCUUUCACUACUUCAGCUUGCCUGAUCAGGUCAAUUCUGGGAGAGUUCAAAACAUUGGCUAACCAGCUCUUGCCCGGAGACCUCUUGGAAAAGCUACUUUCAAAAUUCGGAGUCCUAAUCUGCAACUUCUCCUCCCAAACAAUUCUCGUCAUUGAUGAAAAGAACGGCUAUACCCCAAAUGAAAUCUUCGAAGCAGCUGAAAUUUAUCUCACAACAAAGCUGAAGCCCACGGCAGGGCGGCUCAAAAUCUCCAAGGCGCCCAGUGAGAAAAGCAUCUCGUUCAUCAUUAGCAGAGAUGAGAAGAUUAGGGACUCGUUUGGUGGCGUGGAAUUAGUCUGGGAAUUGAGAGUCACUUCCAGUUCUUCACCAGGGAGUAGUACGGAACAGCAAAGAUCAUUUGAACUCUCCUUCAACAAGAAAUUCAGUGAAGUUGUUAUCAGCUCAUACAUACCGUUCGUUCUGGAAAGAUCAAAGGCCAUACAAGAAGAAAACAAAUGCGUGAAGCUGAUGGCGUUAGGCAACUACAAUAACGAUGAGGUUAAUCUGGAGCAUCCGUCCACUUUUGAGACCCUAGCCAUGGAUCCUGAAAUGAAGAAGGAAAUCAUCGAAGAUUUGGACAGAUUUGUUAGCCGGAGAGAUUAUUACAGGAGAGUUGGGAAGGCGUGGAAGAGAGGGUACUUGUUGUACGGACCUCCAGGAACAGGGAAGUCUAGCCUGAUAGCAGCCAUGGCCAAUUAUCUGAAAUUCAACAUCUAUGAACUAGAUCUCUCUAGCCUAAACAGCAACUCAGAACUGCAAAGGCAGCUUUCCUCUACUAAAAACAAAUCCAUCCUUGUGGUUGAGGAUAUUGAUUGCAGCAUUGAUUUGCAGAACAGAAGUCUUGGAGAUUAUUGCAGCAAGCAGAAUAAUGAUCAAAGCCAUGAACAGGUUAAAUUAUACUCCAUCACACUCAUUUUAUACACACAAAUUACUGUUAAAAUUUUAUGAAAUUUGAAUUAUUUUUUGCAGGCUUUGUAGCGGUUUUAACCUAGUUUCUGAAUAAGUAAACUUUAUUUUCUAAAAUUAAUUUGAGUGUUGACAAGGAUCAAGUUGCUUUAUCAUCGGUCAAACAUCGUAAACCGUAAAAUGUCUUAUAAUUCGGGAUGGGGAGUACUCUCUAAGCUUUUAAGAGAUCUCCAUUCCCUUAAACAUGUUUUUAGUGUUCUAUUCAGGUCCCUACAAAGUAUGCGCUUGUUUCUUCCCAAUAGUAUGAUGUUAAGACUUGUUUCUUCCCAAUAGUAUGCUGUUAAGACCCGGGGUUCCAUCCUAAAAGGUCAACCUUUUAGGAGGAGUAGCCUGAAGAUUAAUAUGUCACUAUAAUGCUACUCAAUUUUCCUGUGUGGGACAUUUAACACCCUCCUCACGACCAGACACUUCGUCUGGAUCGUGUCGUCAUUCAUUUUUGCAUCGGUUCAUCAAUUUUUUUUAUUGUGUUGUCAUUUUUCGGGACCCCACACCAUGGAUCGAUCUGGAUCUAAUACUAAGUUAAGACCCGGGGUUCCAUCCUAAAAGGUCAACCUUUUAGGAGGAGUAGUCUGAAGCUUAAUAUAGCACUCUAAUGCUAAUCAAUUUUCCGGUGUGGGAUAUUUGACAUAUGCGCUUGUUCCUACUAUGUUUGGGACAAAGGAGUGUGACACAAUGACGGGCACUUUGUCGUGAGUGCACUCAAAAUAAAUUCAAUACUAACACUUAUACGUAGUAUAGCGUAGUAGAGUUCGUAUCCACAGGGAAAGGAAUAAUUCUCUUUUUAGUAAAACUAGUAAAUAAGGGGGGUUUUGGGUUGAAUGAUUUAAUUAAAUUAAACACGAAGAUGAACGAGUUAUAUGUGAUUUAAUUCAAAAGAUAAAAAGGACUUGGCAUUGCUACUUUCCACUUGUUGAUAUAUUUUAGUCGAUCAUUGUUAUAUCUAUAACUUAUCCCCUCUCAAAUACUCAAUCGAGGAGUAUAUCCAAUUCAUCGAGAGUAGUUAUUAACAACGACCGUUCAUUAAUAACCCUUACUAUUAGUCAAGUAUAGAACACCGCCAUAUACCGACUUAAUAGUAGCAUUUAAUCUCUUAACUCCUUGAUGAAAUCAAUUGAGAUUGAUAACCUCAACACAACGGUUUCGGUUUAACCAACAAAAUUAAUCCCUCUUAAGUUUAUUAACCACGACCGUGCAUUAAUAAACCAAAGUUACUUACUUGUGAAACCAUCAACGAUUAACCAUCGGUUCGUUGAUCGUUUCUAGUAGUAAUUAAUGUCGAGAUGUUAACUAAUUGUCAUCUUAGCAACACUCCCCAACAUUAAUAUAGAGAUAGAUUAAGGGAAGAAUUAAUAUUCAAGGAAGAAGAUUAAAUAUGAAUAAUCCUACUAUAACUAAUGUCAAGAUGUUAUCUAAUUGUCAUCUUAGCAACACUCCCCAACAUUAAUAUAUAGAGGAAGAAAAUAAAUACUACUAUAACUAAUGUCGAGAUGUUAACUAAUUGUCAUCUUAGCAACACUCCCCAACAUUAAUAUAUAGAUAGAUUAAAAGAAUAAUUAAUAUUCAAGGGAAGAAGUUAAGGAAAUAACUCACAACUUUAAUAAUCAACAAGCUUCAAGAGCAACACCAAGAAAUGGAAGUUUAGCUCCUCAUUUGGAGACUAAACAUGCUAAAAAAAUAUAAAAGAAAUAUUAUUCUAAGUUGAGCUUAAGAGUAUGGAAGAAGGAGUGAUUCUUUGUGAAGGAAAAUGGGGUUAUUUAUAGGUGUUUUUCAACACCUUGGGCCGGGUACCCGACCGGGUUAGGUGCUUACCCGACCGGGUCCGGUCAAAAUCAGAUAUCCUCCACGUUCUGGCGAUCUUCGGCACGUUCUGGUGUCCCGGGUCAAGUCUGACCCGACUAGGUCAAGUAGGGGACCCGACCGGGUCUGGUGAUUUUCCAGGCAGUUUCGGAUUUUACAUCAGACCCGACCGGGUGCAUGGUCUGACCCGACCGGGUUUGUGCUCCUGGGCACACUUAUCACCUUUUUCUUUACUUCAAAGUCCUCCUUUUCAACACCCUAAUUCCUAACUCUACUUUACAACUUACAAAUGAAGAUUAAAAUACAAUUACAACUAAAAUCACACAAAUGUUUACAAACUAAAUAAAACGGUAAACAAUCCACACAAAUCAAACAUAAAAACAUACACUUAUGCACUACUAAUUAGUGCAUAUCACACAACACUUAAGAAAAAAUGGAAUUGUAUGAUUGGUAUUGAAUUCAUAAAGUGGGAAUAAAGUAAUAAUGAAUUGUAACCAUUCAAAAAUUAUCAAAUAUGAUAUGAGACAAACAUAAUGAGACGAAAGAAAAAGGUAAAAUAACAAAGAUGGGGCAGAGGGAAUAGUACUUUCUUUCUGGGGCCAUUCUUUCUCUAGCAUUCAGUUUAAUCACAAAACAGUCACGUCUACAUAAUUUUUAUCUUGCAUAAUUUUGUACUCCGUAUUUCAUAAAGUCAUUGAAACCUAUAGGGGCUAUAGUAUAAUAAGUAAGGACAGGAGUACAUUUGUUGUCUACACUUUUUGUCUAUAUUCAUGCGUGUCAUGCAAUUACCAAUUAUUGGGUGUUAAAAGUUAAAUGUAUCCUUUCAACCAGGGACGGAUCCAAGGGGGGGGGCGACCGCCCCCCUUGGACUUCCAAAUUUUUCUACUAUAUAUAUAAUAUUUUCAUAAAAUUUUCAUACUUUAAUUAGGUAUAUAUGUUUUCGCCCCCCUUAACUUUAAGUUUUCAAAAUUAAUAUAUAGGCUCACAUAAUGCAAUGCUUAAUUGGAGAUUUAAAAGAAGUAGAAUCUAAAAUAAUUUACAUAACUUAAAAAAAUAAACAAUAGAACUCAUUGGUCCCUGAUAUUGGUCCCUGAUAUUCAAUAUGUUUUGAUAUCUUACAUAACGGUACCAAAAAAUUCUUAGUUUUGUAAUGUUUAAUUAUUUUUAUUAGAUAAUUAGUACUCGAUUUUGUAAGAUGUCAAAACAUAUUGAAUAUCAGGGACCAAUGAUAAUCAUCUUUCACAAAGAUAAUAUUUUGCAAAGAUAAGAAAAUAACUUGGAAUAGUAGGUCAUUAACCAACCAGGGACCAAUGAAUGAAGAUGAGGUGCAAAGGUUGGAUUAUUCAUGAAUAAUCAAAAGGUGGAAUUAAUGAAAGAAGACCACUGAAAGGUUGGAUUAUUAGUUUCCAUUUUCCCAAUAGUAUAAAUGUUUCUUGACAUUAAAUUACACAUUUCAUUUACCUCUUACUUUCUAAAAACAAUUUGUUGAAUAGAUAAUACUUUAAUUUAUUUUAGAAUUAAUGCAAAUAUAAUAUGCACCAGAUAUAUAUGAAUUAACAUUACUACGUAUCAUAUUAUUCUAAGUAUAGUAAUCUCAUGCAUACUAUUGUAAUAUUAAGAAAACUCAUCAUGACCCACAAAUACCCUUCUUGGUAGACAAAAAUCCCAAUUCAAAAAUCAAUUCUUUAUCCUGUUAAGAAUCAUGUGAUUAAACAAGGCAUAAGUUACUUAAGAAAUAUUGGUUGAUGUGUACCUUUAACUUUAACCACUUUACCUUCAAAUAAUAUCAUAAAAUGUUAUACUACGUAUAUCAUAUCCUUUCUUAUUUUCAAAUAAUUUCCCUUUAAUUUGUCAUUUCUUAAGCUUUAAUGUAUCAAUAUUUUUUUCUCGAGCACUUAUAGUUAUUAAAUCAAAGUUAUAUUUUCAUUGUCUAUAAUUAGAAUUAGAAUAUAAUAGAUUUAAUUGUCAUCGUGUAUGUAGUAUGUACUAAUGGAACUUUUUAAAUAAAAAUUAGCCACAGAGCCCUACACUAGCGAAAAAAUUUGCCCCGCUACACUAGCGAUUUUUUCCCGUUCCGCUUAAUAGCGAAAUUUUUUCACUCCCUACAGUAAUGAAAAAAUUUCGCCCCCCUUGACUCGAAAUCCUGGAUCCGUCCCUGCUUUCAACAUCCAAUAUUUGCUUCACACAUGAAAGUGGGCAAAAAAAAGGAAUAAAAAUACAUUUAUUAUAUUUAUUGUAUCAUAAAAAGUAAUUGUGAUGAGAACCGAAAAUAAUAAUCAAUGGUAGAAACCGUUGCCCGUAAUCAAAAGGUUGAAAUCCAUUUUUAUUAAUUGAUAAGCCAGAAUUAAUCCUAACAAGGGGUUUAAAUACCCAUCGACUAAUUCCCAAACUAGGAAACAGCAUCGUAGAAAUCCCAAUCAACUCCAAAUAGGAAACAAAAUUGUUGGGAUAUUAGGCCUUGGCCCGAUACAGGCCCAAAUAUCCCUGAAGGCCCAAAGCACACGCUGACCAGCAACAAAGAUAGCCACUUCAGGAUAGACAUCCGGCGGUCCCACACGAGAGUUGCCGUAUGGCCCAUUUCCCUCACUUGGGUCAUUCUUGCUAGUCCAGCAACCGCCCAAGCCAGGACUCGCCCAAUCAAUUGGCGAGAAACCUCAAAAUUGGCGAGAAGCGCAUUUAAUGCACUAGAUAUGGAAGAUUUUAUGGUGGGGGAUUCAUCCACUCAGGGUCGGCCACGUCACCCCUCCACCUACUUACUUGUAGUAUAUUUAUUUCAUUGUAAGGGACUAAGGGGUUAGCAACUUUGUACUCUUAAGCAUUAGACUUCUCUCUAGCUUCGUCAAUAGCACUAGCUUAAUCUAGAGGGCCAGAGCUAGGGAUGGACCCGGUCUACUUCCGGUCCUAGACCGGCCAGUUCUGGGUUGUAUUUAUGAAGACCGGAACCGAACAUUGUUGGCUAAAGGGUCAAAUAGGCCCAUGUACCCGUCCGGAAUGCUCAAUUCGCCCCCUGAACUAAAAAAAGCUUCAAUUGACACCCUAAACUGGAUAAAAAGUUUCAAAUUUGACAAUUCAGAGGUAACCAUCCUGUCAGCGCCACGUCAUCAAAUCAUGUGCCAACUGUUCAUCUCAUGUUGCAACUGCAGAGGGUUAAAUAAGCCCCUAAAUCCAACCGAAUUGUUCAAAUCACUCCCUCAACCGUUAGAAAGUGUCAAAAUUACGAAAAAUAAAAAAUAAAAAAUAAAAAAUAAAAAAUACAAAAAUAAAUAAUGUGCAGUUCGAAAAUAUUAAAUAUAAAAAUGAAAUAUUUGUAUUUUACAUUAAAUUCAAAAUAAAAAUAAAAUAUAAACUAAAAUAAUUUCUUUACCUUUAUUUUCAAAUAUUUUAUUUAUAUUGUAUAUAAAAAAAUGUGAAAGUUAUACGUACAAAUAUACA